AUGAAAACAAUUCAGGAAAAAGGAAAUAAAAAGAUCAAAGGUAUUCAAAAGUACGAUGAUAAUCAAUUCAAGUCAACUCAAUUAUUUAAGGGUAUCAAAGAACAAGAGUCACCAAAAGAUUUAAUUUAUUUCGAUGUCGAUAAUUACAACAAACCAAAGAAAUUAAUCUUUUAUUAUGCUUCUUUCAAAUUUCUGGACAUAAUCAAAAUUGUGAAAGAGCAUUUUAUUGAUGCAACCCAUUCAUUACUUGAAUUUAAAAUGUUGUUUUUCAUGAUAUCAGCCAAAUUUCCAAAUACACAUGCAUUCCCAAUUUUUCAAUUUGUCGUUUAUCCAAACACUUCAGAAAAUAUUGCAUUCUGUCUCAAGGCAUUUUUUAACUGGGCAAAAGUAAAACCAAAAUAUUUUAUGUCAGAUUGUGCACAAGAAAUCGAAAAUGCGAUUAUCAACUCUUUUCCAGAAGUUAUCCUUCAUUGGUGUGCAGUUCAUGUAAUGAGGGCGUUCAGAAAAAUUUGA